AUGACUCAGCUGCUAAGCAAUAUCAAAGGCAUUAUCAAUGCUUUCUACGUGUUAACAAAGAAGGAUGGCGCCUGCCCCACGCUGAGCAAGGGGGAGCUGAGGCAGCUCAUCCGCCAGGAGUUUGCUGAUGUGACCGUGGUGAGCACUGCCAAGACACCUGUGCUAGUUACUAGGACCAUAGACAAGCUGCUGCAGCUGCUGGACACUGACAGUGAUGGCAGACUUGACUUCAACGGGUUUCUCGUCCUGGUCUUCCAAGUGGCCAAGGCUUGUUACGGGGAAGUAAGCCAGGGUCAGCGACCAGGCCACGGUGGAAGCUCAGCGUCCCAGGGAGAAGCAAACUGUGGGGAGCAGGACCCGAGCCCACGUCAGGCCCCUGAGCCUCAAACACCAGAGCGGGACCCGAGCCCCCAUCAGGCACCGGAGCCCCAGAUACUGGAGCAGGAACCGAGCCCCCAUCAGGCCCCCGAGCCUCAAACACCAGAGUGGGACCCGAGCCCCCAUCAGGCCCCGGAGCCUCAAACACCAGAGCGGGACCCAAGCCCCCAUCAGGCCCCGGAGCCUCAAACACCAGAGCGGGACCCAAGCCCCCAUCAAGUGCUGGAACCCCAGACACCAGAGCAGGACUCGAGUCCCCAUCAGGCCCCAGAGCCCCAGAAACUGGAGCAGGACCCGAGCCCCCGUCAGUCCCCCGAGCCUCAAACACCAGAGCAGGAUUCGAGUCCCUGUCAGGCCCCAGAGGCCCAGAUACCAGAGCAGGACCUAAGUUCCCAUCAGGCCCCUGAGCCUCAAACACCAGAGCGGGACCCGAGGCCCCGUCAGGCCCCCGAGCCUCAAACACCAGAGCAGGACCCGAGGCCCCGUCAGGCCCCAGAGCCUCAAAUACCAGAGCAGGAUUCGAGCCCCCAUCAGGUCCCUGAGCCCCAGACACCAGAGCGGGACCCAAGCCUCCAUCAAGGGCUGGAACCCCAGACACCAGAGUGGGACUCGAGUCCCAAUCAGGCCCCAGAGCCCCAGACACCAGAGCGGGCCCCAAGCCUCCAUCAAGGGCUGGAACCCCAGACACCAGAGCGGGACUCGAGUCCCAAUCAGGCCCCAGAGGCCCAGACACCAGAGCAGGACCCGAGCCAUAGCGAGACACAACUUCCACCGACACAGCAGCAAAACCAAGGUGCUCAGGACCCAAUAGAACCUGCUGCAGGACAAGCCUCUAAAUCCUCUCAGUGCCUGUACUCCUGGCAUUCUCAGAAACCACGACCCUUCCCUCACUGGUGGCCACCAAAGAAGUAA